AUGAUGGACAUCAAUGAUAUUGACCAGAAGCUCGGAGAGGUUAUCACCACCUCGGCGGCCCUGGAGCCCCUUACUGCAGCCGAUGACAAACGAAUCUUGAGGAGGAUUGAUUUGACAUUACUUCCACUUCUCUUUAUCUCGUACAUGUUCCAGUAUCUCGACAAGUCUGCAAUGGGCUUCACGGCCAUUCUAGGGCUUCGGAAGGAUUUGCAUCUCGUAGGCCAGCAAUACUCAUGGGCUAGCUCGAUCUUCAAUUUCGGCUAUCUUGUCGCUUCAGGACCUGUGGCGUUGAUCAUGGUUCGCUUUCCGGUCGGAAAGUUCAUGGCUGUAGCUAUUAUUGCAUGGGCAGGCGUCCUAAUGUUCACUGCACUGACACACAAUGCGGCGGGGUUGUUGGCGUGCCGUUUCUUUCUCGGGUUUCUGGAAUCCGCGGUUGCGCCUGGGUUUUCAAUCAUCACUUCCAUGUGGUACAAGAGAUCCGAACAGCCUCUACGCCACGGCAUCUGGUUCUUGGGAAAUGUAGUAUCUGGGCUCUUUGGUGGCUCUUUAGCUUACGGAAUGUCGCACUAUAAAGCAUUUCCCGCUUGGAAGUUUCUUUUCCUCAUUUUUGGGGGUGUAACUGUACUAUGGGGAGUCGUUUUACUUUACUUUCUUCCCGACUCUCCUAUGAAUGCGCGCUUCCUCUCCAAGGAGGACAAAGGUAAAGCGGUGCGGCGAGUACAGGAGAAUUUAACGGGCAACAAGGACGACAAGUGGAAAAUGUAUCAGAUGAUCGAGGCUUUCCAGGACCCAAAGGCAUGGCUGAUAGUCAUUAUCAUGCUCUGCACUAACAUCCCCAAUGGAGGGGUGGGCAACUUCGCAUCGAUUGUUAUCCAAGGGUUUGGAUUCUCCACUACCGAUACCCUGCUUGUCCAAAUGAUUGUAACGCCCUUCCAGGCAUUCUUCGUACUCUCCGCAACAAUCACAAGCUCAUACGUCAAGAACACCAGAACGAUUUGCAUGACCAUAUCUGUCUGGCUACUGUCUGCUGUCUGCCUAUACCGCCAACUUCCCAAUGAUAUUGUCUAUGAACACUUCAACUUCGGCGGUUUCACGAAGAAAACGACUGUUCAUGCAAUGACCUUCGUGUCGUACUGCGUAGGCAACAUCAUUGGGCCACAACUUUUCUUCGCGCGGGAAGCGCCAAGCUAUAAAUCCGGGUUCAUGGGCAUGUUGAUCUGCUUCGCCAUUGCGGCUUGCGCGAGCGUCGUCUUGCGAUUUUAUCUAGUUUGGGAGAAUAAGAAGAGGGAUCGCGCAGCUAUUUCGUCGGGUGACGUUACCCAAGUACCUGGUACAAUCGGGAACUUGGAUGACAGGACCGAUUAUGAGGUGAAGGAGUUUCGCUAUGUCUACUGA